AUGCCGCCGCGGAUCAUCAACCAUUAUAUCAUUGCGAUUGGUGUACUACUCAACGUUGUUGGCGUAUGGUGUGAGGCGGAGCCGGCGUUGGGCGCCGGCGCCAAUCCGAGUGUGCUCGCCUCGCUGGUUCGACGAUUGCCCGAUGUCGACGGCAAAAAAGAGAUACUGAUUAGCUAUUUGUCGACGGUGCCAACGCUCAGCGGCGAUAUCGAUCAGUAUCUCUCCAAUAUUUCAUCGACGAGCUCCAAAGAUCAAGACUCGAGGGAUCGAGAUAUUUUCAAUAAGAAACUGAAACAGAUCUCGCAUUGCUUCACAACCGAUUAUUACGGAUCGUUGACGUCGGGAGCGCUGGUGGCGGCGAUUGUCGAGAUCAACGCCGAUCCGUCGAUACUGCCCAAUCAUCAUUUGCGCUAUGUGUUUGGCAACACGUGCGGCAAUGAUUCGCACAGUACGCGGCUGUUCAUGGAGCAUUGGCAAUCGGGCGCGCGCGUUUUUAUUGGUCCCGAGAAGAAUUGCAAGACGGAGGCGGCGAUGGCCGCCGCGCAGAAUUUGCCGAUGAUCAGCUAUCGAUGUAACGAUCAGGAUAUUUCCAGAGAUGAUUACCAUUAUCGGACAUUUGCUCGAACGGUUCCGCCAUCCGGCGAGAUAUUCAAAGCGUUCUUCGCGUUGAUGAAAAAAUUCAAUUGGCGCAAAUUCUCGGUGGUGUACGAUGUGAAGAAGGGUCUCGCGCGGAACGAGAUGUUUGAGACGUUAAAGAGAAUGGUUGAGGAGCAAAACGAGUAUGAGGAGAAGAAGUUUGAGAUUCGGAACGCGUCUCGAAUGGAAUUCGCCAACAUCGAUAUAAACACCCAGCCGGAUCUUGAUCAAAUCGCGAAAGCUAUUGAGGAAACCAUGGAAACUACGAGAAUAUACCUCACUUUCAACAAUGUGAGAUUAUUUCGAAGGGUUCUAUCCACAAUGGGUGAUAUGGGUCUCACCGAGAAGGGCUAUAUGUUGAUCUACCUUGAUACCCAUUAUGAUUGGCUUGACGUCUACCAUGCGAUGAACAACCAUUUUUUGAGAGACACCACCAAAUACCUUCACCAUAGUUGGGAUCCGCUGAAUAUCGAUGAGCGCAAGAUGAUCGAUUACGCGCAGAGCACGAUAUCGAUCAUUCCGACGCCGGUGAAACUCAAUUCGCCCAAGUUUUUCACGUUUUGGAAGCGCGCCGCGGAUUACGUUCAUUAUUUUGGUGUGCAGAAGACGGAUAGUUUGAAUCUCAAGGGGAAUCGAAUCGCAUGCUACUUGUAUGAUGCGGUGUACCUUUACGCGAGAGCUGUCGAUGAGCUGAUCCGAAGGAAUUCGCAUGAUCCGGAAUUUGAUCCAACCGAAGACGGAUCGGCAAUUAUUGAUCUAAUUGUGAAUAAGAAGUAUACAAGCAUUCAAGGCUUCGAAAUGCGAAUCGACAACAAGGGCAACUCGCAGGGCAACUUCUCGCUUCUCACCUGGCAAAGUGUGAAGCCGAUCAUGAAUCCCGACGAUGCGAAAUACUAUCCGAUGGAUCACGCGUUGGACAUCACAUCGGUGUUCACCGCGCCCGAGAACGACUCGAGUCUGCCGACGUUGUCGUUGAAGGCGAAGACGAUCUACUGGAAGACGGGCGUCGAGCCGCCGCCGGAUGAGCCGAUUUGCGGUUUUCACGGCGAGAAGUGCAAAAAGAAUCAUUUGUUCACGUUGGCGAUUAUGGGCGCUGUCACGUUCGUCGCCGUACUUGGCAUUGUGCUCUCCGGAUUGACUUAUAGAAGUCGAAAAUUCGAAAAGGAAUUGGCAAUGAUUUGGCGAAUCGAGCCGCACGAAGUUCAUCGUGUCAUUGGGAGCAACGAGUCGACGUCGUCGCUUCUCGCCGCCGCCAGCGAGACAUCUCAAAUGUGCCAGCAUCCAUGGUUCAAUGAAGCGGAUAGUAAAGGGUCUGGAAUGCGCGGUGUCGCUUAUUAUAAAGGAACACUUUGCGCGCUGAAAGAGUAUGUUUAUGAUCGGAAGCCGAAGGAUUUGACGAGAGAUGUGAAAAUGGAGCUCAGGGUGAUGAGGCAACUCGCUCAUCCCAACAUCAACAAUUUUAUGGGCAUCAUUGUGUGUCAGACGUCGAUUUGCGCGGUUCGCGAGUUUUGCUCGAAAGGCUCGUUGCUCGAUGUGCUAAGGAAUGCGGACAUGAAGCUUGACCAUUUGUACAUCGCCUCGUUCAUUGAGGAUCUCGUCAAGGGAAUGGUGUACCUUCACGAUUCGGACGUUAAAAUCCACGGCAAUCUCAAAUCGACGAAUUGUUUGAUCACGUCGAGAUGGGCGCUUCAAAUCGCCGACUACGGAAUGCACGAUGUUCGCGAUGGCAUCAGCUAUUCGGAUGAGAAGCUGAUGUGGGAGAGCUUCUUGUGGACGGCCCCGGAGACGAUGGCGAUAUCGGGAAGAUGCAUUACUCGACUGCCGCCGACGCAGAAGAGCGAUGUGUACUCGUUCGGCAUCAUCCUUCACGAGAUAUUCACGAGAGGCGGGCCUUAUAUGAUUUGCGGCGAGUACAAGAGCAAUAAGAAGAAGAAGGAGGAGGAGAAGGAGAAGAAGGAGGCGAAAAAGAUGGCCGAGGAGAAGAGGAACGCCGAGGAGAAGGAGAGGAAAGAGAAUGCCGACGAUAAGGCGGAGUCGAAGGAUGUCAAGGAAGAGGACGAGACACCGGCGACGCCUGAACCCGAACCUGUCGAUGAGAACAAGGGCGAGAAGAUUGUGCGUCGCAUCUACAAUGAUCCGACGUUUCGGCCCGAGAUGAAAAUCAUCGAGGCGCAAAAUUAUGUGAAGGACGUGAUGACGGCGUGCUGGCAUCACGAUCCGUGUCAGCGGCCGGACUUCAAGUCGGGCAUUCGCAACAAACUCAAACCGUUGUUCACGCAGAUCUACAAGCGCAACAUCAUGGAUCACAUGAUUGUGAUGAUGGAGAAGUAUCAGACGCAACUCGAGGAUCUCGUCGAGGAGCGAACUGGCGAGUUGAGGGAAGAGCAGCGGAGGAGUCAGAAUUUGCUUCAGCGGAUGCUGCCGAGAACGGUGGCCGAUCAACUGUUGCGCGGUCACAACGUGAUUCCGGAAGCCUACCCGCCGGUCACAAUCUACUUUUCGGAUAUUGUUGGAUUCACGCGGAUCUCCGGCGAAUCGACACCAAUGGAGAUUGUGGUGUUCCUCAACAAAUUGUACACAUUAUUCGACGCGAUCAUUCGCAAAUAUGAUGUCUAUAAAGUCGAGACGAUUGGCGAUGCUUAUAUGGUGGUGUCUGGUGUGCCGAAAUACAACACGGUCGAAUAUCACGCCGAGCAGAUCGGCAUGAUGUCGCUUCAUAUAAUGGCGGCGGUGAUGAGCUUCGAGAUUCCGCAUUUGCCGAACGAGAAGCUGAUGAUACGAAUCGGAAUGCAUUCGGGACCGUGCGCCGCCGGCGUCGUCGGGCGAACCAUGCCGAGGUAUACGCUGUUCGGCGACACCGUCAACACGGCGUCGCGAAUGGAGAGCAACGGCGAGGCGUUGCGAAUCCAUUGCUCGGAAUUCACGCAUGUCGUCCUCAAAGACAUUGGCGGAUUCGAGAUGGAGGAGCGCGGUGUGCUGCCGAUCAAAGGGAAAGGCCAUAUGACGACGUAUUGGUUGAACGGACGGGCCGGCUACGAUUUUGCAAACAUUCCGAUUGAUGAGGACUUUGAGGAUGAGUUUGAGUUGUUCCCGUGGCAAAAUGCGAAAUCUGAACGAGGAUCGAGUUGGGGCGUCAAUCGCGAAUCGUCGCUAUCGCUUGCCAACGACAAAUGCUCGAAUUUCAUGAAGCGAAUCUCGCGAAGCAAUAUUCAGGAUUCGAGCUAUUUCAAUUCGUCGUCGAAUCGCGAAAUGCCGCGAUUGUGCGAAGAGGAUUAUUAUGACGACGGCGGCGGCGGCGCUAGGAAACGAAAGGCUAGCAAGAAGAAGAAGAAGUCAUGCAACAAGGCGACGUCGACGUAUGAUAAUGAUUCGAUAGCGCUUCGGAAACGAUCGACGUCGCUUCCCGACGGCGAAGUUUUGAAUCUUGAUUCGUUGGAAGGCGUCAGCUCGGUUCCGGCGAUUCCGUACACCAGACGAAGCACGAUCGGAUCGACCGUCUCGAUAUCGACGACGAAUAGCCAAUAUCCGUCUUAUCAAGAUUUGUGCGCGGUGCCUUAUCGACGAAAACGCGCCAUCGCCACCGUGUACCCGAUGCGGAAGCGAUCGUUGUCGGUCGGCGACGCGAUUCCCGCGAUCGCCGCCAUGGAGACGAACGUGUCGUGCACCAUCACCACCGCCGCCAACAUCGACGCCAUCGCCGUCGCCACACCGCAACUAUCGGCGAAACACAUUGACGUCGAGAGGGCGUCGAGUCCCGAAGACGGUGCCACCGUGCAGGUCGACGAUGAGAAGGCGCUGAUCGGCGGCGCGCUGAAGAGCAAAUAUUUUGGCGGCAGUAUGAAUCUGAACGGGAUGCGGAGUUGUCCGCAGGCGAGGCGAAAAGACAAAAAGUCGUUUCUGCGCGAUCCGUCGCCGCUGACGAGGCGAUUCCGCGAAGCGUCGCCGUUUAGUCGAAAGCCGUUUUGGAGUUCGAAAAGCGACAAUCGAGGCGAUUCGAUAACUCGAAUAUUCCGAAAAUGGACGACCGGACGAAGCGGGUCCGAAUAUGAGGAUUUGAAUAAUUAUGAGCUUUGCGAAGAGGACGGUUUCGAAAUGUGCGAGAAGGUCUCUGGUGCUAGAGUGAAUCGCUCUGUGUCAUGCUCACCGACGGACGGCGCCGAAUCCACCGACAACUCCGAGCCGCUUCUGACGAUGUCGCCAUCGGAUGGCUGCACGAAGCCGAUAACGGGUUGA